UGCAGAGUUUUGAUAUUUUUAAAAUAUUUUUUUGCAAUUGUCUGAUAAUGUAGACAUAGACUUGCCGAAAUGCAUCAAUAAAUUAAAAUGAUAUUUUUUUCACUAUUGUUACAAUCAUCUGAAAUGGAACUGUCGAAGCAUGAUAUUCAAGCAAUUUUGCUAUUCAACUUAAAAAAAAGAUGUAAAGCAGCUGAAACUGCUUGCAAUAUCAACGAAAUGUUUGGUGAGGAAAUGACCAGUAAGUAUUCAGCUCAAAAAUGGUUUAAAUGAUUUUGUAGUGGAGACCUGAACCUUGAAGAUCAUGAUCAUAGUGGACACCCAUCUGUUAUCAAUGACAGUCAAUUAAAGACCUCAUUGAGAAAGAUCCAUGUAAAACCACUCGAGAACUGGCAAAAGAACUUCAAGUUAACCAUAAAACUGCCUGCAACCAUUUGCAUGCGAUCAGAAAAUCAAAAAAGCUCAACAAAUGGGUACCAUGCGAUUUGAAUGAAAAUCGGAAAAUGCGCAGGUAUGAAAUUUGCUUGUUGCUUCUUCUCCAUAACCAGACCAAUUCAUUUCUCGACCAUAUUGUAACUUGUGAUGAAAUGUGGAUUCUGUGCAAUAAUAAAAAUUGUUCUUCACGGUGGUUGGACCAAAAUGAAGCACCGAAAACCUUCCCUAUACCCGAGUUCUUCAGAAAGAAAGUUAUGGUGACUGGUGGUAUACUGCUGGACUCAUCCAUUAUAACUUCUUAAAACCCAGAAUAACCAUUACUGCCAUGAAAUUGCUAGAAUGAACAAAAAACUGCUACUCCUCCAUCCCAGAUUGGUCAACAGAAGAGGGCCAAUCAUUUUUCAUGACAAUGCUCGAUCACACGUUUCACUGAUGAUGCUCCAGAUGUUGAGGGAACUUGGCUAUGAAGUUCUUCCCACCCAGCUUAUUCUCCAGACCUUUCUCCUACCAACUACCACUUUUUCAAGCAUCUUGAUGAUUUCCUGCAAGAGGAGUUCCUAAAAUCAAACUGAUGCUGAAAGUGUGUUCAAAGAGUUCAUCAGCUCCAGAAUUCCAGAUUUUUAUGUUAUUGGAAUAAACAAACUUGUAACUUGUUGGCAAAAAUGUGUUGAUUGUAAUGGUACUUAUUUUGGUGAAUAAAUCUUCACAUGCAUGCAUGUGAAGAUCCUACGUGCUGCUAGCACAUGAGGUGAAAUCGAUACUGAGAUGUCUGUACUUUUCUUUGUAGUUUUAAAAAGAAUUGAUCAUGAGUCGUAAAAGAACAUUGAUGCCUGAUAUCUAUAAAGCGAAGAAACGGCAGUGUUUGGCUGUUGGAACUGCUGCUGCUACUGUUGCUGCCUCUGCCACUGCCACUCCCAAUUCACUUGACAGUGAAGAAGCAGAGAACAAGAAUGAUUUGGCAGACAUUCCUUCAGACACGAAAGCUUCACUUUUGUAUCUGAAGUCCCUGUUCCCUCUUGAAAAAUUUGAAAGCCGUUUACCUCCUGUAAUACUUAAACAUCAAGUCUACAGUAUUGUCAAGAAUCGUACUUUAGUUGACAAACAGUUGAACUGUACCCCACUUUUGUUCAUUACUCACUGUAUCCAUCCUUAUGUGUCUCUGACUUCCAUCUCUGUCACUGUAUAUCCUUCUAUCUUUGAACCAAUUCACAUAUCAUUUCCUUAA